GACGGACAUGACCGUGAGCUUAGACCGGGAGUGACAUAUUGAGUCAGACUGUCAUUGGUGUGAGUGUGAGUGAAUGAAUCCAAUGGUGUCCAAAUAAAUCUUUUCACCCUACAAACUUUGUGCUUGUACCUACUCUCAUUUUCAUCCACUACAGUUAAAUAGGAAUCAGUGAAUCUUGUAGGUGUUAUUUGAAUAAUUUGUGUUGCAAUUGUUUCUUGCGUAAAAUCAUGAUGCCACUGCCUAUAAACGAAAUACUCAAGGAGGAAAUCACCAAGUUAAAUUACACUCUCAUACCACCAGGGUUCCAGGGUGAUGUGCGAAGUGUGAGGUUACUGCAGGAGAGUCUUGCCAAAAUGAUUGAUUAUCUUGGGGAGCAGUCUGCGUCUGCGCAGGGACUCACCAAAGUAAUAACCACCGCAGAGAGACUACGGAACUCACCGUCAUACGUGCUGUACUUGCUCAAAGACGCAGCUGCUAACAACGGUAAAGGCGAGGUCAUCGGCCUCCUGAAGGUGGGUCGCAAGCACCUGUUCUUGUUCGACUCUCAGGACAAGGUGUGCGAAGUGGAGCCGCUGUGCGUGCUCGACUUCUUCGUGGUCGGCGACAGGCAGCGGCACGGCUACGGCCGCGUGCUAUUCGAUCAUAUGUUGCAGGACAUGCAGAUAAACCCCAGCGAAUUGGCUAUAGACGGACCGUCGCCGAAAAUGGAGAAGUUCCUGCUGAAGAACUACGGCAUCACCAAGUUGAUACGUCAGAGCAACAACUUCGCCGUCUCGCCCAGCUUCUUCACCCAGACGGGCAGUGCCAGGAAUGCGUCUCCGGACGUGGCCGAUGCUGAGGCGGGCCGGAACAAACGGACUCCGGACAACGCCGCUCCGGAGAGAUACGCAACGCCGGAACCGCCCGCUCCGGCGAAACUAGAGGUGAAACCUUCACCGGAAAUGGUAUCCAAACAGGCGCCGAUAUUGGAAAUGGCGCGGCCUACUGAAAGGCCGUCGACCCUGGAGGUGGGGCCUCCUCCCCCCGCUGCGAUGGGGAUAGUAGGGGCUCCCUCCCCCGCGCCCUCCUCUGCGGGGUCGGUGACCUCGCGCCCCGACUCUCAGCUGACCAGCCGCGGAUUCUUCGACAUGAAGUUCUACCAUAACAAACUGUGGUAGACUAGCACAUUUGCCUCUCGAUUCUGUAAGCCUGCGUUUCAAUAGAAGUGGAACUGCGCAGACCUCGUCCAAUGGUCUUGCUUAAAAUAUUGUGUGUGCGUAUUUUGAGCAAUUCUAUCGGUAAAUUUCUUUAUGACUGCUCAGCUCCGCGUAGCUCUGCUUCUGUGGAAAUGCAAUCCACAAUGCAAUUUCACUUUUGAUUUCAUAAAUCAAGUUUUAGAUAAUUUACAAAUAUGUAAUACUGACUGCUUCAAGUGCGGCUUCAAGCCAUUGUGACCUUUUGCCAUGUAACAACUUUAUACAUAUUUAAAUUUAAAACCUGUCUAAAAUUUAAGCUAUCGAACUCGGAAGUGAGAUUUUAUUUUACAGAACCGAUCUACCGUAUGCCGUGUCGCGUUCUCCGGUAACACCCAGAUUUAUCGGGCAGCUAGCUAAGGUAUACUCAGUCUAUUCUCACUGGGUCUAUGGUAUCAUCUAGUACGUGUUUUGAACGUAUCCGCAAAGUGAAGUACAGUCAGCCACAAUUCAAGUGUCAACAAAAUUUUUGAUUCUCUCAACCGAUUAUGAAUUUUAAAUUUAUUAUAAUAAAGUUCUAAAUCAGUCGGAGAAAAUUGUUAGUGAAACUUGUGCAAUCCACGCAGUUCGGGCACAAUAUUUUGUAAUUUCGUAUUAUGGGGGCAGAGAUGCUAUCAAAACUCUAACUAAACACUAGAAAUGAAUAAGUACGUGUACUUACGAUGAGGAACUUGUAACCGUGGAAGUAAUUGUUAAAUUUUAUCUUCUAUUACUAUACAUUUAAGAUACUAACUUAAAAGAACUUUGUAAAAGUUCUGAAUUUUGAACACUUGAAGUUUUACUAUUUUGUAAUCUUUCAAGUGCCAAUCUGAAGAGUAUAUUGAUAGGAGUUUAAACUAUACAAUGAGAAGGUUUACGUCAAUAAUGAAAGAAAAGAGAAAACACUCGUUUAUAUUACUGCCGACUGGGUUUUAUACGGGGCACGCGGUACCGGUUCAGAUCAAGGCCAAGUAAUGUUGUCAAAAUAUUACAUACGUUUUCCAUUGAUUGCAUUCCAUUUUUUUAUUUUUUUUUAAACGAUGAGUAUUCGAAGACUGCUGGCUUGUUGCUUUUAGGUGAUAAUUGUUUGCAAUCUAACCUGAUAUAAUAGAAGUAUAGUUUCCUCACAAUUUGGUAAUUGAUCUCAAGUGAUUUACGCCUUAAAGUGUGACCAGCAACUACUUCGCCCCUCCUCAACGAAUUAGAAAUGAUAAUGGAAGCAUUACAAAGGACGCUAAAUAAAAAUAAUAAAAACAUGGUUGCAAACUCCUACAACUAAACUUUAAUACUAACGCGACACCCACUAACUAUCUGCAAAUGAAUUCGGCUAUCCAUUCAUUGGGUAAGAAUAUCUCAACCAAUCAUAUGAUCGGCGUGUUUAUCGCAGUUUUUUCGCCCCGCCCACUUGAUCGCAUUUUGCGUGGAACCACUUUUUAGCGCAGUUCGUAUUCCAUAUUACUUAUUUCUAAUUCGUUUCCUCUACCUCUGAGUAGCCAUUUAAAAACGCAGCUGCGCUGCUAAAGAUCAUAGCGAUCACAUUGUUUUUAUAAUAUAUUAGUUAAGUGCCUAAUUGAUUAUAUUAUUAACCAUUUGACUUGUUUAUGUUGCCUAUCUCACAAGAUAGUAUUAAGUUAUUGCUAAUGAUAUUGUUUAUUAAGUUUAUUAUGUUCUGUUAUUUUUAUAAUAUUGAUUGCUGCGUUUUAAACGUAUUUAAAUCUUGGGUUCAAAAUCGGUAGCCUUAUAUGAAAGCAAUAAUAUGUAUCUAACAUCUCAGAAACUAAAGCACUGCAAUAAUUACAGCAUUUUGAUAUAGGUUAUAUCGCUAGGUCGCGUUUGCCGCGUAUCUUUUUAUUAGAUGAAUGAAUAUCAAAUGGCAUAUAUGCCUUAGUAAUAUAAUCAGCAGUUUCAUUGAAUUGACAGCAAAAUAGCAAUCUGUUACGGCACUUAUUGACAAAUAUUUGGAUGAGUUGUAGGUGUAUUAUUACAAUUUGGUGAGCUGUAAUCUUUUACCGGUUUUAGUCUCAAGGUACAAUUACUAGACAUUUAGCGCGCUUAAUUUUGUUUAGAGGCAGGCUCCACAGGUGCUUAUAACCAAUAUUAUUUGAACUUCUACUUUCAUAUGGCAAAAAAACUACUUUAUGUAGACUCGGGGUCAUAUUCUUAGAAAUAUAUUCAACACUGAAAAUCGAAAGUACUAUGUUUAUAAAUGAAUCACUUUUAUAAAUUAGCUAUUGAUUAGUGAAGAUGUUAGUUUUGUGCUGUCUUUAUUCUGUUGCCUAAAUAUACCUGCCAUAUAUUAUAUUCCAUAGAUUAAUUAUUACAUCAAAUGUAUUUUUUGUUUAUGUAACUAUAACGCCAAUGUACAGCCAGUUAAAAUAAUUUGGGACCCAUUUAAUUGAAAUGUGGUUUGAACAUUCGCAUUGCAAUAAGGUCUUCUCCAGACGAUAAUGUUUUUUUUUAAUCUAAUUAAAUACUAUAGUUUUUAUGAUCUCCUUAUCAAUAUUUUCACAAAUUACUUAUAACUUUACUCCUUUUGUAAUAUAAUUUAUUUUUCUAAAUUACACCAAUCAACAUUAUCAGAAAGAACAGUGAGUUAGUUAAAAAGUUAAAUAGUAAGUCGAGAAUUUCCGUACAUUUCUCGGUCCGUAAGGUUGGCACGUUGUCUGUACUGACAUAAUUUAUACAGUGCUUAAUACGUUGUUAUAGCAACAUAUUCGAUCAAAAGAUCUGCUUUUUUUUCUAUUUGCUAAGGUGGAUCCUAAAUUUAAGAAUGCGACUGUACCAUAGAAUUGUUCAGAGAUCUUAAUUUGUUUGAGCUCGUAUAAAAAUAAAAUGUAAGUAUACACGGCCAUAGACAAGGUAGCUGCGCAGUAGCAAUUUUACAUACAAAAACGUCUACUGCGCAAGUUUAUUUGUCUGUUUUUGCUCAAGAAGUUUGGCGCUACCUAUAUCUAAGCAUUUACAAACCAUAUCUGGUUUAGGACACUGGAGGUUCCCAAUUCAAGUCCGUUUGAUUUGCUGGUUGCCAUUGGUUUGGUUGAAGUGUAUUUUUAUUUGCUCAUGUUGAGAUAUGAUGAAUAAAUCGCUAUGUAACCGAA